UCUCCUGUAGCAGCAUGGGCAUCAGUGGUGGUGUUUGGAGAUGUCUGUAGAGAUGGUGGAGCUCUCAGUGAAAACACCAGAGCCGGUUCGGCCGGCCGGGAUCCUUCAACAGAACCGGGUCUUCCUCGACUUCUUUUGGGACAUAGCUAAACCAGACCAGGAUGUUCGACUGAAGGCUGUAGAAGGACUCAUUAAAUACCUGAAAACUAACAACAAGGAAGAUGAGUUGGAGUACACAUUUAAAAGGCUGGUGGACGGACUUUCUCACACACGAGAGGCAGCGAGACCUGGAUUCAGCCUCGCUCUGGGACAGGUCCUAAGUGCCUUUGAAGACAUCUCUCUGCAGAGUAUACUCAGCAGAAUCAAAGAAAAGCACAACCUGCAAUCAGUGAAAAAGAAACUUCUCAGAAAUGCUUUGUUUGGGAAUAUGUUUGGUGUCCUCUCUCUGCAGCAGUCUGGCCGCCUCUCUAAAGAGCCACCGGUGGUGUUGGGGUGUGUUCAGCUCCUCCAGAAUCUCAGCCAGCACAGACAACACGUGAAGGAUCUGCCCUCCAAAACCAUGAUGGACAUCCUCAAUGAGAUCUCAGAGGAGGUUUUUGAGGAGGUCCUGCUGAGCGCCCUGCAGACAGACCUGGCCUCAGCAUUCAGGACUCCAGAGCAGCUCCAGUUACUACUGGUGGCUCUGCAGCGCUUCCCACAAACCCUCAAACCCAAGAAACUGAAGAAGCUUUUGGGCUCCUCGACCAUCAUCAAUGCUGACAACAUCCCAAAGUUGACAGAGGUGUUGAAGAUGGCCGCCCACUCAGUGAAGAAGGAGCAUGUCCUCCCUGCGGUGGCCCUGGACCUCCUGAAACUCUCGCUGAAGGAAGAUAGCUUCCAGCUUUUCUGGAAUGACGCCAUCGCCAACGGCAUGUUCAAGGAGCAGUCAGGGCCGACUCAUUACCUGAGCUUCCGUCUGCUGGGAGCUGCCCUUCCUCUCCUCUCUGAAGCUCAGCUGAAGGAGGUUUUAUCUGGAGAAGUGAUGAUGCACUACGGGGAACACGUCGUCUCUGCUCAGAAACCGGACCGCUUCAAACUGGCCCCAGAAAUGGAAGUCUAUGUGUCAGACUUCCUGCAGGGCUGUCAGGACUCAGACAAACAGCUGGCAGCGAUGGUCGGCUUCUCCUCCUUAACCCACCAGGGUUACCCGGUGGUGCCGUCAGUAUGGAGGGUGGUUCAGCACCUUCAGCCUGCAGCUCUGCAGAACUAUGUGGACUGGCUGAAGAAGAUGUUCCUCCAACCUCAGCUGGACAAACUGCUGGACUUCAGCACCCGCAAGCAGAAGGACAAUAAGGAAGGAGGAGAUCAGAAAGAAAGCUCUGUUUUCCGCCUGAGGAAGUGGAUCAUCGCUCGGCUCGCCUCAAUCAUAGACAACCACCAGGUGAAGAGGCAGGAGGAUCUCAUCAUGGACAUCGCCCGGUUUGUCUUUUUCCACGCUUUCUUCAGUGCGAAGAAAGCCUCAGCAGAAAUCCCAGAGACAGAGAGGAAGCUUUCUGUUCCCCUGGAUGAUAAAACCAGAGCCGUGCUCGUCAAUUCUUUCUUUGGACUCCUCCUGUCCAUGCAUCACCUCCCUUUAAACGAGGACUCACCUGAAGGCACGGCUGUGAACCAGAAACGGGUGCUGGGUGUGACAGCAGAUGGCACCAUGUGGAUCUACCACCUGGUCCAGUAUGCACAAGUCCUGCUGAACCAACCCAAACAUGUCCAGAGCUGCAAACCCUUCAGCGCCGAGCAGAGGCAGGCCUGGGACAGCAUGAUAGAGUCGGUGGCGGCCCUGAAGAAGAGAGCAAAGAAAGGCCAGAGUGCUGAGAGUGGUGCGUUCCAGCAGCUCUUCCUAUUGGUCGGCAUGCACCUGUUUAAGGCCCCUGAUGAGCUCCUGGACAUUAUGAAGGACCUGCAGAGCUGCAUGGACAAAGCUCAGGAGAAGAAGGCCAAAAAGAAGAAGAAGAAACCGGCCUCAGAGCAGACGGAGGAGGAGGAGCCGGAGUGGGUGGAGGUGAUGGUGGACAUCUUGUUGUCCCUGCUGUCCCAGCAGAGCCGACACAUCAGACAGGUCUGCAAAACGGUCUUCUCCUCCAUCUGCCCCCACGUUACUGCUGCAGCCCUCACCGCCAUCUUGGAUGUGCUGGACCCAGACAAGGAUAAUGAAGAGGACGGCGCUGUGGUCAUCACUGAUGACGACAAAACCCAGAAGAAGAAAACAGACGAGGAUGAAGAUGAAGACAUGGAGCAGGAUGAGUCUGAUGCAUCAGAUGACGACUUGGAAGGGGAUGAGAAAGAUGACGACAAUGAUGAGGAUGAGGAGGAGGAGGAGGAUGAUGAUGAUGAUGAUGAAGAUGACUUAAUGGAGGCUGAAGAUGAGGGAGAGGUGGACCAAAAUUUCCGUUUGGAGCUGAUGAAGGUCCUGCAGCAGCAGAACGCUCUGGCCACAGAGGAGGAUGGCAGCAGUGAUGAAGACCUGGAUGAUGAAGCCAUGAUGGAGCUGGAUAAGGGUCUGGCUGCGCUGUUUUCAGAGCAGAAGAAGAAGAACCAAGCCAAGAAGGAUGAGAAGGCAAAACUACAGAAGGAGAAGAUGCUGGUCCGAGAUUUUAAGAUCAAGGUGUUGGACCUGGUUGAGGUGUUCGUGGCCCGGCAGGCUGGCAGUCCUCUCGUGCUCGGUUUGGUCGAGCCACUUCUCGCCAUCAUCGACAGAGGGAUGAGCUCCGACAGCGACCAGCAGGAGCAGGACUUCCUCCGCAGAGCUGCAGACAUCUUCAGGAACCAGCUGUGCAGGUCGAAGGUUUACUGCAGGACUGUUGGUGACAGACAGGGGGAGCUCCAUGACCUGCUGGAUAAACUGAUGACAAAAGCCCAGAAACUGUCCGACUCCUCAGUCUGCCUUUACUACUUCAGUGCGUCUCUGUACGUGGUUAAAGUGCUGCGAGGAGCUCCUGCUGCUGAGACCAAAGAUGACAAGGCUGCGCCAGCUGAUCUGAGGUUCGUGGGUAACAUGGACCUGGAUCGAGUCUCUGCGGUCUUCAGAGACGCUUUGAGCUCCUUCAUGAGCAGGAGGAAAAGUCCUCUGACUUCUCAGAUGUUCACAGACUUGUUCAGCAGGUUUCCUGUUCUGUGUGUGAACCUGUUGGAUGCAGCUGUGCAGCACAUCACAUCUGGAGUCAGAGUGCACCAGCAGGGACAAGCGUGUGUGCUGGUGCUGCGGGCGAUGCAGAGCAGGGAGGCUCAGCAGCUGCUGAGCGGGGAACCAUGGACAGAGCUGUGCGCUAAGGUCGCAGGUCAGCUAGCAGUGAGUCUCCAGCAGGUCGGAGAGACGGAGAGUAAAGUGGUGAAGGAGAAGGUGGUGAAAACUCUGGAGCUCUGUCAGUUCCUGGUCAAACACGUUCAUCAGCAGAAGAUGUCUGUGGAUCUGGAGCCUCUUCAGAAGGUUCUUCAGUCUUUAACUGAUAGCAUCACUUUUAAGAAGACGGGAAAGCUGGAGGACACGUACUGGGCCGUGAUGAAACACUUUGGAGUCAUGAAACCAAAAGUUGAAAAGACAAAGGCUGACAAAGAGGCCGACCAGCAGCAACUUCCCAAGAAGAAGAAAGGCUUCCUGCCUGAAACUAAAAAGCGUAAAAAGCGCAACAAGCCUGUUUUAGAGCCAGCCGCUGCAGCAGCCGCCGACAACUUGACCUCCACAGACAAAAAAGGAGCAGACAAAGGACAAGCCAAAAAGAAACAUGACAAGAAAACUAAACAGAAACGACCGGCAGAUGGAGUGACGGCUUCUCAGCCAAACCCAGCCAAGAAGAGCAAGGCGCAGUCCGAGAGCGCGCCAGCCAAGAAGAAGAAGAAGAAAAACAAACAGAAGAAGGAGGGAGGAGGGAGCAUGUAGAGCGGACACUGCUAUUUAAAUGUUAAUUUCCUUUUAAAGAGGUUUUUUUGUCUGUAAUUUCUUUUUUUUUUUUUUAUUACUUCUUGCAGAUUUCUUGGCUGCAAGUUCAGUCCGGACAGUAUGCUUGUUUGUUUCAAUAUGAGUUUAAUAUUUACUCCAACUGUAGACGCGUGGGAGGUGAAUGGAGAUGAAUAUUUUUCUAAUAGGCUGCUAUUGAUCUGAGAAAAUGAACUGCAACAAUAAAUCCAUUUCUCUUUCCAGAGCUGUAAAUUCA